AUGGUAAACAGCAGCGUUCUGCGUUAUGGCGGCAUAAACAUGACGGUCCUCUCUCUAAUCAACUUCAAUUCAGCGGCGAUGAAGAACUACCUGAGCGAGCUGCACCCACGAGCUCGCGAACCCAUCUAUUUGCCGACCAACCUCACGUAUGAAGCGGCUCUAAUGAUUGACGGACUGCACGCGCUUGUAGAAGUACUCAAACUCCUCAACGACCCCCUCUCUACCGAAGCAGACAAACUGGGCAAUGAAAAUGCACGGAACUCCCUGACUACUGCUUACAAGUCCUCGCUCUCGGCUCCCUGUAUGCCUAACUUCGUGCCUCCAUUUACGGCGACGUCGCUGGUGACGAAAAUGCGACAGACCUCCUUUAUCGGUCUAACCGGCAACAUUAGCUUCAGCGAAAAUGGAUUCCGCGAGGGCUACGAAUUUGAAGUUUGGGGGACGAAAAUGAAACAGUCUUUUGACAAGGUUAGCAGUUUUAUAACUUUUUGA